GCCGCUUCGGCCCUCACAGUCCGGAGCCCGGCUGGGCCGUGCCGUAGGGAACAUGCACUUUUCCAUUCCCGAAACCGAGUCCCGCAGCGGGGACAGCGGCGGCUCCGCUUACGUGGCCUAUAACAUUCACGUGAAUGGAGUCCUGCACUGUCGGGUGCGCUACAGCCAGCUCCUGGGGCUGCACGAGCAGCUUCGGAAGGAGUAUGGGGCCAAUGUACUUCCUGCAUUCCCCCCAAAGAAGCUUUUCUCUCUGACUCCUGCUGAGGUAGAACAGAGGAGAGAGCAGUUAGAGAAGUACAUGCAAGCUGUUCGGCAAGACCCAUUGCUUGGGAGCAGCGAGACCUUCAACAGUUUCCUGCGUCGGGCACAACAGGAGACACAGCAGGUCCCCACAGAGGAAGUGUCCUUGGAAGUGCUGCUCAGCAACGGGCAGAAAGUUCUUAUCAACGUGCUAACUUCAGAUCAGACUGAGGAUGUCCUGGAGGCUGUAGCCGCAAAGCUGGAUCUUCCAGAUGACUUGAUUGGAUACUUUAGCCUAUUCUUAGUUCGAGAAAAAGAGGAUGGAGCCUUUUCUUUUGUACGGAAGUUGCAAGAGUUUGAGCUGCCUUAUGUGUCUGUUACUAGCCUUCGGAGUCAAGAGUAUAAGAUUGUGCUGAGGAAGAGUUAUUGGGACUCUGCCUAUGAUGACGAUGUCAUGGAGAACCGGGUUGGCCUGAACCUGCUUUAUGCUCAGACGGUAUCAGAUAUUGAGCGUGGGUGGAUCUUGGUCACCAAGGAACAGCACCGGCAACUCAAAUCUCUGCAAGAGAAGGUCUCCAAGAAGGAGUUCCUGAGACUGGCCCAGACACUGCGGCACUAUGGCUACCUGCGCUUUGAUGCCUGUGUGGCUGACUUCCCGGAAAAGGACUGUCCCGUGGUGGUGAGCGCGGGCAACAGUGAGCUCAGCCUGCAGCUCCGCCUGCCUGGCCAGCAACUCCGAGAAGGCUCCUUCCGGGUCACCCGCAUGCGAUGCUGGCGGGUCACCUCCUCUGUGCCAUUGCCCAGUGGAAGCACGAGCAGCCCGGGCCGGGGCCGGGGCGAGGUGCGCCUGGAACUGGCUUUUGAAUACCUCAUGAGCAAGGACCGGCUACAGUGGGUCACCAUCACUAGCCCCCAGGCUAUCAUGAUGAGCAUCUGCUUGCAGUCCAUGGUGGAUGAACUGAUGGUGAAGAAAUCAGGCGGCAGUAUCAGGAAGAUGCUGCGCCGGCGGGUGGGGGGCACUCUGAGACGCUCAGACAGCCAGCAAGCAGUGAAGUCCCCACCACUGCUUGAGUCACCUGAUGCCACCCGGGAGUCUAUGGUCAAACUCUCAAGUAAGCUGAGUGCUGUGAGCUUGCGGGGAAUUGGCAGUCCCAGCACAGAUGCCAGUGCCAGUGAUGUCCACGGCAAUUUCGCCUUCGAGGGCAUUGGAGAUGAGGAUCUGUAAUCUCCACUGCUUGGAUGUCUGCCCUUUACCCGUGGAAUUUACAGAAACUUGCCCUGUGCCUGUGUCCCCCAAGCUGGGGAGGGAGGGGUCUUUUCCUUCUCCCUUCCUACCUUCCCCUUUUCUCUUGGCCAGGGGCCUUGUAAUGUACCUUUCCUCGUCCCCUGGGCUGGCUGCACAGAGGAUUGCCCCUUCUCUUUUCAGAGCUGGCCCUCGAUGCCAAAUUAGCAUUUAGUAUUUUGCACAAAGUCUAAGGGACCAUGGCUACCUGCCUUGGGGAGGAACCACAACUCCCUCUGGGCCGCUUCUGGCUUCUUGGGGCCAUGGGCCAAAGGCCAAGGGGAUGGGCAGAGGUCUGUGUUUGGUCUGGCCUAGUUCCCCAUCAUUAAACUCAGCCUGAUUGCUGCC